AUACCACGCAAGGCCUUCCCUCUUCCUCCACCAGUCGAAAGAUCCAUCCAUCAGAGAUUUUUCUUCCCUCUCUCCCUCUCCUCACACACUCUGUCUCUCUCCUACUAACGACGAACGUAUAUAUAGCAUAGACACACACCACAACACACAAGUGCACACCAAGCAAGAAAGCAGCAGGCCAGUCUGCAAUCUCCAAUUGAUCUCCUUCUCAAGGAUCAGUUGGAUGGCCGUCCUCUUCAUCCUUGUGUGCAUCCUCAUUUCUCUUGGCUUCGCGUUGUACGUCCACUACGCAAGCCGGCAGAAGAGGAAAGGCCAAGGCUACUACGGCCAUGAGCAGUCAGCCUUGAAGCUGCCCCCUGGCUCCAUGGGCUGGCCUUACCUUGGCGAGACCCUUCAGCUCUACUCCCAGGACCCCAACGUCUUCUUCGCCUCCAAACAGAAGAGGUACGGCAAUAUCUUCAAGACGCGCCUUCUGGGCUGCCCGUGCGUGAUGCUGGCGAGCCCGGAGGCGGCGCGGUUCGUGCUGGUGACGCAGGCGCACUUGUUCAAGCCGACGUACCCGCGGAGCAAGGAGCGCAUGAUCGGGCCAUGGGCGCUCUUCUUCCACCAGGGCGACUACCACCUCCGCCUCCGCAGGCUCGUCCAGGGCGCGCUCGGCCCCAACGCGCUGCGCGCGCUCGUGCCGGACGUCGAGGCCGCCGUGCAGUCCACGCUCGCCUCCUGGGACGGCCGGGUUACAAGCACGUUCCACGCCAUGAAGCGACUGUCGUUUGAUGUCGGCAUCGUGACGAUCUUCGGCGGCCAGCUCGACGACCGGCGGAAGGCAGAGCUGAGGAAGAAUUACUCCAUCGUUGAGAAGGGCUACAACUCCUUCCCCAACAGCUUCCCCGGGACGCUCUAUUACAAGGCGAUCCAGGCGCGACGGCAGCUGCACGGCGUGCUGAGCGACAUCAUGCGGGAGCGUCGAUCGCGGGGCGAGCCGGGGUCCGACCUCCUGGGAUGCUUAAUGCAGUCCCGGAGCGACGACGGCGCGCUCCUCCUCACCGACGAGCAGGUUGCCGACAACAUCAUCGGCGUGCUGUUCGCGGCGCAGGACACGACCGCCAGCGUGCUCACCUGGACCGCCAAGUACCUCCACGACCACCCCAAGCUCCUCGAGGCCGUCGCGGCGGAGCAGGCGGCGAUCCGCGAGGCCAACAACGGCGGGAGGCGGCCGCUGACGUGGGCGCAGACGAGGAGCAUGGUGCUAACGCAUAGGGUGAUUUUGGAGAGCUUAAGGAUGGCGAGCAUCAUCUCGUUCACAUUCAGGGAGGCCGUGGCUGACGUGGAGUACAAAGGGUUUCUUAUCCCCAAGGGGUGGAAGGUGAUGCCUUUGUUCAGGAACAUCCAUCAUAACCCAGACUACUUUCAGGAUCCACAGAAGUUCGACCCUUCUAGAUUCCAGGUGGCUCCGCGGCCGAAAACCUUCAUGCCAUUUGGGAACGGCGUGCACGCGUGCCCCGGGAACGAGCUGGCCAAGCUCGAGAUGCUGGUCCUCAUCCACCACCUGGUCACCGGCUACAGGUGGGAGAUUGUUGGAUCCAGCGAUGAGGUCGAGUACAGCCCGUUCCCUGUGCCUAAGCACGGCUUGCCCGUCAAAUUAUGGAGAGAAAAUAGUACGGCGGAUAGUAAGGGUUGUGAGGGUGAUAAUGUUGAGGAUAUAAUAGUUUGACACUUUGAUUAGGCAUUGAUUUAACCUAGCAAGCUAGAUAGUUUUUCUUUCUUUCUUUUCUUUGCUUGCCCUUCUCCUGAUCAAAAUAAGUUGAAGGAGAAAGGCUUCCUUUUCUUUUUAGCUUUCCCUGAUAAUGAUGAAAAUGUAAGCUACGUGGUUAUAAAUGAUGCAGAUCAUUGGUACAAUCACCAUUGGGUGAUAUCACAAACAGCUACCAGGGUUGUCUCUUUGCUCCUUGAAAUUUGGGUUGUGCUGAGUUGA